AUGGAUAUCAGAAAGUGCCAGGCAUUCAGUGGGUUGAACGAGCGUCAAGCUAAGCUAACGGCUCGUGUCAAGCGACUUAUUCACAAGACCGGCAGUCGCGAGAAAGCCGUUAAUCAUGUCGUAAAGCACUGUCCCACAGAGGAUGAGGCCCAGGAGCUGGUGAGAUCAUUGAUAUCACAAGGUGUGGAUCUGCAGUCGACAUAUGAUGCCACCGGUGGACCCAUCCACCUCUCGACAAAGCGAGGCUUCAAAAAGGUUACGUCUGCACUGAUUGAGAAUGAGGUGCCAAUCGAUUGGAAGAAUGCCAGAGGCCAGUAUGCACUGGAAGUGGCAAUAGACAUGCGGGAUGAUGAUAUUGCCGAGUUGCUGCUGAGGGCCAUGAACAGAGACGUGGUUCGAUCACUGUUCAUACCAGCUGACCUCAAGUCCAAACCCAAGAUCAAUUUCUAUGACGUUGCAGCCAGUUGCACUAGUUUGAAGAAAACCUGCACUGCAGUUCUAGACAGUAUGAUCGAGGAGACAGACCGUUCGGAUGACUUUGUGAUUAACUAUGCACCGCUUGAGCUGACCGCUGACGGAUGCGUUCCGCACAGUGAGGACUAUGUCUGGGGCUCACCAACAGCUUAUCACAAAGUCUGCCAGAGUCGAGAUCUUCGGCACCAUUGUGUCACGCGACUGCUGACGUAUCGCAAGUGGACAGGCUACGCUGGCCUCUCCUCCAGCGUUAACAUCUUCGCCUACCUAGUUUUCCUGCUGCUACUGAGCUUUGCUGCCAUGUCAGCCGGCAUUCAACGCGUGUCCACUUUCAAUGCCACAACAGGAGAGCUGGGUGAUCCAAGAGUGUAUGAUGACACUAAGGCUGUGGUUAGGGCUAUCUGCGAAAUCCUGCUUCUUCUUACAGCUAUGUACACAUUGUACGAUGAGGUUCAAGAGAUGCGCAGCCUUGGAUUGAGUGCUUAUUGUGGCAUUGUCUAUAACUAUUAUCAACUAUUCAUGGUGACAUUGCUGCUGGCGAUUGUGCCGUUACGCUGGCUGGACAUCGAUCUGCAAUGGUAUUUUCUCAGUAUUCUCUACAUGCUGGCAUUCCUGCGCUUACUGCAGCUGCUCUCUAAUACACGCUUUGUCGGCAUCUACACCAGAAUUUUGACUCACAUUCUGAAGAGCGACGUAACGCGGUUCGUCGCUCUGUUCAUUAUCUUCUGGCUGACAUUCACCGGCUCUUUCUUCCUCGUCUUGGUUGGGUCACGGCGUCCGGAGAGUAUGGAGACAGGCACACAGCUGGACAUCUCAGAGGAAACCAGAUCCUUCCAGUCCAUACUCUUCACUGGUCUGCGUAUCAUGGUGGAGGCAGACUCAGUGGUUGACUACACGGAUAAUGGAUACCAUUGGUUGGCAGUCACCAUGAUGAUGAUGUACCUCUUCGCUAUCUUUGUCGUCUUGCUCAACAUCUUGAUUGCACAACUGAGUGAUACCUAUGCUGACGUGAAGAGUCAAGCAGCAUUCACCCUGGAACGUAACUGGGUUGGAGUCAUCACAACUAUUGACCUCAGCAGUAGGUUCAGACGACGACGUUACAACUGCUACCGGCCGAUGGAGAUUGUGACACGACCGCAAGAUAUUCUCGGCUCUUUUGAUCCGCCGGCAUCGAAUGAGGACAGGUCUGAGGCAGAUCUCCGUCAGCAGAAACUCUUCUCUCAGGUUGAUCAGCAAUCACAGACGUUACAAGCACUUCAGUAA